CGUCACCAGUUCAGAGUGCGAGGGUUGUGGUGUUGUUGCGUCACAAUAGGGUGGCGCGUUCCAUUGGCUGCAAAGCCCCUGUCAGUCAGCCCAGGUCUGCCUUCUCCUCCUCGGGCCGCCUGCCUGCCUUCUUUUCCUUCCCUUGACAGCCGCCGGCGGAGCUUCUGGAGGGAGAGAUCGAGCCGGGGAGUAGGAUCAGGAGGAGGAUCGGCGGCCAUGGUCCAUUCCGGACGCAGCCUCCGCGAGUGGUGAGAGGAGGAAGCCCUCUUCCCUACUGUGGAAGCCACCUCUUUCCCUACUGUUCCAUCAAACCACUGGUCUGAAGUUUCCCAGCUCGACAUAACCAGAAACCAUGGUGGAUUACUAUGAGGCUCUGGGUGUGCCCCGCAAUGCCUCACCAGAUGACAUCAAGAAGGCGUACAGGAAGAAAGCUCUGCAGUGGCAUCCAGACAAAAAUCCCGACAACAAAGAACAUGCCGAGCAGAAGUUCAAGGAGAUAGCCGAGGCCUAUGAGGUGCUCUCAGACAAGAGCAAGCGUGAAGUCUAUGACCGAUAUGGCAAAGAAGGCCUCAUGGGUGCAGGUGGGCCCAGUGGUGUUAGACCUCAUCCAGGACCUGAAUUCACCUUCACUUUCCGCAGCGCACAUGAUGUUUUCCGGGAGUUCUUUGGAGGGCGAGAUCCUUUUGCUGACUUCUUUGAUGACCCCUUCUCAGACAUGCGUGGUCCCCGACAUCCUGCUGCAGGAACAUUCUUCUCACCCUUUCAAGCAUCCCCGGAGUUCUUUUCCCCCAUGCUUGGUCCUGGGAUCAAUGCAGGAAUGGGCUUCCGCUCUGUCUCCACCUCCACCAGGUUCAUCAAUGGCAAGCGAAUCACUACUAAGAGGAUCGUCGAAAAUGGGCAGGAAAGGGUAGAGGUGGAAGAAAACGGGGAGCUGAAAUCAAUCCAGAUUAAUGGUGUUCCAGAUGACAUGGCGCUGGGCCUGGAGCUGAGCCGGCGGGAGCAGCAGGCUGUGCAGAGCCGCAAGGCAUCAUCUACUCCCCCAGUGACACCUCUCCAGCAGCCACCUGCAAAGCGCCCGUCUCCUAGUUCCUCCCCUGUGAUCUUGUACACAGACAGCGAUGAGGAUGAUGAGGACUUGCAGCUGGCGAUGGCCUACAGCCUGUCUGAGAUGGAGGCCGCGGGCCAGCACAGAGCAGGUGCGAGAAGCCCCACGAAAAAGCGGCCCCAAGGAAAUACUCCCUUUGCGCAAGGGAGUCCUGUCAUGGACAGCCAGGUGUGUUCUGAGUCUGGAAGAGCCAUGGGGGAUGGCCUCUCUAGCAUUCGUGCUCACAGAAGGCUACUCAAGCCUGGACUUCGUUUGCUGUUCCCCUACCUGAGCUCUGCCCCGGGGGACCAGCAAGUGCCGAGUGUGUGACUUUCUCCCCAUUAGUUCUCUCUGCUGCGUGUCAGGUAGCGCUCACUAGCUCACGAAGGCCCAGGCUGGGCACAGCCUGUUCCAUGUACAAGUAGCUACUACUGCUGAUGCUGCUCCUGAAUGGAAAAGAAAAGAAAAACGCUUGGGAGGGGUAGAUUCUCCGGCCUGGGGGAAGCCCAAGGCCUCUUCUGUCUGUAUUCCCCCUCACUCCACCCCCAACACACAUUUCACCCAUGUCCUUCUCCCUCAGAAGACGACCUUCUAGCUAAGGAGUGACGUAGAUUUGGCUGUGAGGAUGGAGAUCUGCAGAGCAGUAGUGGGAGGGAGGUAGUAGGGGUACCAAGUGAACUUUAGCAGGCAAGGAAUCCAAUCAGGUUGCUAGUGUGGCUCCUCUUUGCUGCCACACUAUGCUGCGUAUACUCCUAUAGUUGCACAAGGGUGUGUGUUUGUGUAGGGAGGGAGGAAGGGAUAUUGGAAGUUGAGCUUUCAGGUGCAACAUCACCAGAGCAUCCACCCCCUGUGAUAUUGCUGAGGGCCUUAUGCUCUAGUGCCAAGGGCUAGAAACAGUCUCCCCAUCCUACCAGAGCAACAGGAGCUUUUCAGGAUCAGUUCCUCCACAGUGAGAGCAAGGGAACACAUAGCACCAGCCCUCUUCUGAUGGCAAUGACAGAGAAGGCUGUGGCUGCCUCUCUACCCCCAACUCCUGGCAAAUUGGGAAAUUCUACAAUUAGCACAUAGCUAUUCUACAUGUCUGUAACUUGGGAGAGCAAGACUGGUCUCGUUUGUAACUCAAAAGUGCUGGCCUGGCAUAGAACAGAAGGCAUUUAUCAAUAAACUUCUUUGCAAUUAA